UUCUGGAAUAAACACAUGCCAUAUUAGAGCAUUAGAAAUAAAGCAGGUUACCUCGUGUCUAUAAUACGAAGCAAAUAUGUUGUCUCUGAUUGGGAUUUUGUCAGCUGCAAACAUUUUGUGUGUUUAUGGGACAAGUUUAGUUCCUGUUCAUGUUCCCUGUGAUGACAAGACUGUGGAGAAGUUGUCCAGACUGGCCGUCACGUACAUAAAUGAGGACAGACAAACAGGUUACAAAUUUGCCCUUAACAGAAUCACAAACGUCCAGGCGAAUCAACAGGGUCCAGCUGGAAAGAUCUAUUAUCUGGAUUUAGAUGUCCUUGAGACCAAGUGUCAUGUCCUCAGUCCCAAAUCAUGGAAGAAGUGUGCUGUAAGACCCUUCAUGGAAACACAAAUCUCUGGCAACUGUAACACCACAGUACUUCACACACCAGAGGGUUUCUCUUACCUUUACAGCUAUGACUGCACUCUCGUACCAGAUCCCCCAGAGAAGUUACGGUUGACAUGUCCAGAUUGUCCUCUUCUGCUGCCGGUAGAUGGUGUUGAAGCUGCUGCCGCAGCCAGAACUGCCCUUCUCAAAUACAACACACAGAGCACACUUCCAGCCAGCCUGACAGUGCACACCAUCACCAGAGCCUCACAGCAGAGCACUCCUUUUCCUGCUACUUUUGUGGAGUUCAUUGUUCAGGAGUGUUCAGAGGUUCAGUGUGAGCCAGCACUCGAAGGAAAAGAGCCUGUUGGAUUCUGUGUUGGGACGGUUUUUGGCACUGGCCAUGGAUUGCAAGAUGUGAAGGUGUCCUGUGAAAUAUUUCGCCCACAGGUUCAUGUUGUCAGUCCGACACAGCUAGAGGAAAAGUCCACAACAGUUUCCAAAACACCAACCCUUGAUGUUCAUGUUCCUCAUCACCCUGAGCCCUCAUUCCAAGAUGGCGGUGCAGUAACACCUCAGUUUGCAGACCCCGUGUACCAGGCCAUCCCUGCCGGACCCGAAUUACAUCCCACCACCUCCAGUGAAUCCAGCGAGUCUUCGGAGACCAGCUCAUCUGAGGAAACCAGCAGUUCUGUCCGCGCCGUCAAACCUCCACUGAACUUUCGUUAUGUGCUUCAGCGUCAGAAGAGGCAAACGGUCUCGAGCACCGUGGCUCCUCAUACACCUGUGUUCCUAAGUGUCUUUCCCAGCAUCCCGUCUCCAUUUCGUUCCUGUCCCGGAGUCUCGCGCUACACCACUGUAUGAGAGGAUGCACCAUUAAACAGAAAAUCUACAAGACAAAUAAAUGAAAGGUUUCAGAAACGACCUUCUAAUUUUUUCCAUUACAGAUAUAAUGGUUUUAAUAUGUCAGCAAUAGGAUGCAAAACAUUACCAAUAGAGAAAACUGAUGUAAUUUCCAUUACAACAAAUAAAACCAUUACAAAACCAUUAGAA